AUGAUGGGUAUGAACGCCAAGCAGCCGUUCAGCAUGCACCCGGCCCUGCAGGAAGCCAAGUACUCUAGCUCGGAGGCGAUGCGCCGCGUGUGCCUCCCAGCCCCGCAGCUCCAGGGCAAUAUAUUUGGAAGCUUUGAUGAGAGUCUGCUGGCCCGGGCUGAAGCCUUGGCGGCUGUGGAUCUGGUCUCCCACGGCAAGAGCCACCCUUUCAAGCCAGACACCACCUACCAUACCAUGAGCAGCGUCCCCUGCACCUCUACUUCGUCGCCCACCGUGCCCAUCUCGGCCCCAGUUCACCAUCACCACCACCACCACCACCACCAUGCCGUGGCUCACCAAGGCCUGGACGGGGAGCUCCUGGAUCACCUCUCGCCCGCGCUGCUGGGAGGGCCCGAGCACGGCGCGGUCAUGGCCGCGCCGAUCCACCCUCAUGCCCAUGCCCACCCCCACCUGGGCGCCGCCAUGGGCCACCUGCAUCAAGCCAUGGCUAGUAUGAGUCAUCCGCCCCCCCCGCCCCCCCACAGCGGGCUGGCCUGCAUUAGCGACGUCGAGUCGGAUCCUCGGGAGCUGGAGGCGUUCGCCGAGCGCUUCAAGCAGAGGCGGAUCAAGCUCGGCGUCACCCAGGCCGACGUGGGCGCGGCGCUGGCCAACCUCAAGAUCCCCGGCGUGGGCUCGCUGAGCCAGAGCACCAUCUGCAGGUUCGAGUCGCUCACGCUCUCUCACAACAAUAUGAUCGCCCUGAAGCCGGUCCUGCAAGCGUGGCUGGAGGAGGCGGAAGCCGCCCACCGGGAGAAGAACGCCAAGCCCGAACUCUUCAACUGCGCCGAGCGGAAGCGCAAGAGGACCUCAAUUGCGGCGCCGGAGAAGCGCUCGCUGGAAGCCUAUUUCGCUAUCCAGCCGCGACCCUCUUCCGAAAAGAUCGCAGCCAUCGCCGAGAAGCUGGACCUGAAAAAAAACGUGGUGAGGGUCUGGUUCUGCAACCAGAGACAGAAGCAGAAGCGCAUGAAGUACUCAGCGGUGCAUUGA